AUGUCUAGUUUCAGUUUCCUGGACCUGCAGUACAAUCUGUCCAAGAGGAAGUUCUUGAAAAAGCCAUCAAGAAUGUUCUCUCGAGACAGGCAGACGUCAGGCCUAGCGCCCGUUUACAUGCCGACUAUAGAAGAGCUGAGGCAAGUGUUCAACAAAUUCGACUCCAACAGAGAUGGGAAAAUAUCUCCCGAGGAGUACCAGGCAAUACUGAAGGCCUUGGGGAAGAGGAAUCUGGUGAGGAAGGAAGUGCAGAAGAUAUUCGAGGUGGCGGAUUUGGAUGGCGAUGGCUUCAUCGACUUCAACGAGUUUGUGGAGAUGCAGAAGAAGGAAGGUGGGGUGAAGACGAUGGAUCUGCAGCGGGCCUUCCAGGCCUUCGACAAGGACAACGACGGGAAGAUCACGGUGGAGGAGGUGUACGAGCUGCUGCGGAGGCUGGGAGAGAGAUGCAGCCUGCAAGACUGCCAGAAAAUGGUGCGAGCUGUGGAUGCCAACGGUGAUGGUGUGAUCGACUCGGAUGAGUUCAUCACUAUGAUGACUCGAACCAUGAUUACAUACUAGAUCAAUUACUCGUGCUUGGUGUGUGUGUGUUUAAUUUCAUCAUGCUAGACCAAAUUCAAUAGAAAUGAACCGAGUCUAGUACCCUUUGUGUAAUUAUGCUUGCUUUAGUAUGUAUCCAAACUUUUUAAUUCUGUAGUGAUAUUUAAUGAUUACGGAACUCCA